AUGGCUUCUCCUGAUAUUUUUGCCUCCGCCUAUCACAGCUUCCUCAGCACCCUCAGUGACAAUGACCGGGCACGCUACGAUGACAAGUGUACCCCGCAAGGCCUACUGGAUGGCUUAAAAAAGAUAUCUAGCCUAGCGAAGGGGACACAGAAUAGGCGUUCUCAGAAGCCUUUUGCGAUUGUGCGGGAUUUCAAUGAGAGAAUGCGCCCGUUUUUUGCCAUUAUUGAGGGGCCCGUAACGCAAAGCUCUGUUUACGCGGGUGCGGCGUUAGGCGCAUUGAGGCUCGUUCUUGAGUUGGCCAGUUGCUUUCCAACGCUACUUACAAAACUUCUACAGUGCAUCAAAGAUAUUACUGAGUCAUUUCCUAGAUAUGAAGCUCUGGAGGAUAUCUGUUGCGGCAAGCUGAGUUCUCGACUGUUGCUUCACCUUGGGCGAGUUUACCGGGAUCUCUUCGAUUUCUUCGAUAGUGCAGCAACCUUGUUCACGGCUAGCAGCGGAAAGGUCAGACGACCAGUCGAGUUGAUUGCCAGUGUUAUAUGGCGACCCUUUGACGAGAGGUUCGGUGGUAUCUUAUCAAGCAUGUCUAAGCACCAGCAGCAACUGAACGACGAAGUCAAUAUCUAUCAGCUUGAACUCACAAGAGACGUCGCCACAACUUCAGAGGAGAUUUGCAAAGACACACAAGCCACCCAUGCCAUUGUUUCGGGCCUUCAAGAGCAGAUGCGACUCCAAACGCGAGAACAAGCGAUCGCUAGGAUACAGUCUUGGUUAAAUGCACCAAACUUUGCGAGCACGUAUUGGAACACUCUCGAUGAAUGCCAAGACGAUACCGCGCAGUGGAUCUUUGAAGUGGAUAAGUUUCAAGAAUGGUCCGAGAGCAUCUCAAGAGGAAGUUCUGCGCCAGAUAGCAGAAUUUUGUGGAUUCAUGGUAACCCUGGAGGCGGCAAGAGUGUUCUAGCAGCGUCAAUCGUCCACGAACUAUCUGUCUAUAAUCAAAACCUGGUUUACUUCUUCUUCAAAGAGCAGUCUCCAUUCCACACAGCUUCCGACCUCGCUUUUCGCGCUAUUCUAGCUCAGGUUAUACACAAGCAUAAACAUAGCGAUGACAUACUCGACAAGUUUAUUUUUGCUUCCAAUCAUGGCGACAAAUCAUCCGGUCAAUCGAUUGCAACGCCAGCUGAGCUAAAAGAUCUGCUUCAUCUGUGUUUGAGCUCCAUUGAAAACCCCAUCAUGAUUCUUGAUGGUAUCGAUGAGUGUACAGAGCCGGAUGGAUUCGUUAAAUAUCUCAAGACGCUACUCUCUCUACCAAAUCUACGCGCUUUAUUCUCGAGCCGACCUACUGUUCAAUCAUUGACCAAGUUGGUUCCACUACAACACCGUUUGAGCUUUGGCCAAGUUGGCGUAGAACAUGACAUUCAUACCUAUUGUCAUUAUCAUCUGACUGAUCUUGUCGACGAGGGCCUCCUUCAGGAGUCUUCUAAUAUUCAGCAGCUCACGCGAAGCCUAGUGCUGGGAGCUGAUAGGAUGUUUCUCUGGGCAAAAUUAAUGCUCUCGUUCUUGAGAUCUCCUGCUCUGAACCGACGGCUAAGGGAGAGUAUGAUUCACUCCAUCACGCUUCCAGAAGGUCUCGGGUCUAUGUAUAUGAGAAUCUUUCGACAGAUAUCCCUCCUGGACUCGGCGCAACAGCAAAUGGCCAAGAAGGUUAUCCAAUGGACACUUCUUUGUCAUCAAGAGUGUUUCCUGUCUUCCAGCUCUUGGCAUCACUUACUCGGUGCUGAGGAGCCAGAUGAUAAACAAUCGGCAUUUUCCCACCUUUCCGAGCUCAUCAGUCUAGUGACUUGCGGAUUAGUUAUCCUGCGAGGCUCAGCGCUCCACCUAGGUCUUCUGGAAAAAUGUAGCUCAAGUGGCUCCAACUCGGCCAACUGUGCCUUUGUUCAUCUUUCUGUCAGAGAAUAUCUUUUGGCAUGGACACCGGAAGAUCAGACUAUUGCGAUGUUGUCCCCUUCUCCGAUCAUCUCGCAUAUGGAUAUGGCGAAAUUGUGUUUGGAUCACUUGCUUGACUCAGCCCCCACUUCGAUACCUUUGCGUAUGGACAGAGGGCUCAUUGAUCUAUACUCUUACUGCUCCGUCCGUUGGCUCUAUCAUCUCGGCAAAGCCGUCUCUCCCAGGACAUCAUGGCGCAGCGUAUGCUAUCAAGAAAUGUGUUCAACCGCCGUCACGGGGAUUGUUGACCUGCUAAGGCGCUUCCUUGAGAAUCCAUUCGCAGUUGCUCACUGGAUUGACUGCUUCUAUACAAGCCCGUCUGUCUUUCCAUUUUGGUCCUCGGCAGGGGUGCGUCGACUUCAGUUCGACAGCGACAAUAAUGUUCCAACGGCAAUGAUACUAAAGGAAUUCUCACAAGUACUAGAAUGGCUAGACUGGGCACAGAAGCUCCAGCUACCAGACAUUGCAAGCAAAAUAUUUCUUCAUUUAUCUGACAAUCUAACUCGACUAAUGGAAGACUUGACUGAUAUAUGCAAGAAAUGGGACUUGAAGCUAAACGAAACACCAGCUGCUAUAUGGAGUGAUGUUCUUGCAUUUACAUCAAGCAAGUAUCUCCCAGCAGCCCAGUCUACGUACCAAGUCCCAAUUAACUCAGGAACACCAAACCUCCCUACCGGGGCUUCUCAACGCCUUUGUCACAUCUCAGCGACUUCUUCUGACGGGUCUGUACUUGGUGUUCUUAGUAUCUGGCCAUCACGCAAGUUUGAGGAGUUCUGGGAAACGAUCCACCCAAGCACUGCAUACAUGGAAGUCGAGAAUCAUUGUGAGAAUUGGCAUGCGGUCUAUGAACUCAGCCGUGUAGGCGAACCUAUGGAGAAGCUUGGCACCGUUUCUAUUCCGUUGCAGGCGAUGGAAGUGGCGUUGCAGAUGAGACAGGCAUUCCGACAAGAGCAUUUCUCGACGUGGAAGGCUUCUUUCCCGUUCUCUAUCAGCUUCAACGGCUAUUCCAUCUGCGUUCUACGGACUAUUUACCGUGUCACUAUCGACCCAGUGUUAUCGAAACUUCGAAUCAGAUCUUGUCGUAUGCCUCUCGAGGAAAUUGCGAGGAUCCAGCACUUCUGGGAUGAUAGGCUCAAGAUACAUGAUCCAAGUUAUUCACUGAGUAUCGGGUUGCCACCAACAUUGCAGUUACUGCAACGAAAGGUGUACACGUAUCGAACUAUUUUCGACAUGCACAGCCACCACAUCUUCUUCCAAGAUGCAAAGAAAUUCGAGGAGCCUCUAUUAGCUGUCUUUGAGAUCAAAGACACUUCGAGUGGAGAGCUUCAAGUUCGGCUUGUCGCCGUGGCGCCAGAGGAGAUAAUGAGUUCAUGGCUAGGCUGUACCGGAGUGCCUUUAGCAACAGCAAGGUUUCACCCCGAGUCGAGCCUCAUUGUAUCUGCCAUUAGGGGUCGUGUUAUGGCAUGGGACUUUUCACGAAACAUUAUGAACCAUCUUUCACAGGAUGGAGCCGAGGUUACAAGCCUGUCGAUAUCGGCGUGUGCGAAUUACGUGGUUGUCAUGCGGAAACACUCAGAUAGCCAUGAAGUCUACGACUUGACAAAACGUGACUUAAAGACUGCUAACAGAAUUGCCGGUAGCGUGAGGUCUUCACAAUCACUGAUGCCCCCUCCGAAACAACAGAAGACUCAUAGCUCACACGAUGAAUAUAUGCAAAGGCUUGAAACUAGAACGGACAUUACCGAAGCUAGCGGGCCCAACUUGACUCUUGCUGAAGGAGCUGGAAGCUCCGCCAUUGUCAACGCCGGGUCUCAGGAAAUCGGGUGUCAGUUGAGAAUUGAUGCUGGAAAGAUCAAGUUGACUGCUCCGCCAUGCAUCGGAGAUACAACCGCCAAGAGCCUGGAACUGUUAUCAAUACCAAGCACGAUCUCAACGCAAGACAGUCGCAUAACGCUAUAUCUCCCGAAGCAAGAUGAUAAUUACCUCUCGGUACUAGUAGAUAAGGGAAUAGAAGAUGGGUAUAACAUGAUGGAUAAAUCAGGGCAAAGUCUGCCUGUCUUGGUCAGGAAGGAUAAGCGGCUGAUCCGUGAGGCUAUCCAUAACGCUACUGGGGAGAGGGGCGAAAAAAUUAAACUAGUGGAAGGGACGAAGAGAUUGUUUUCAGAGGUAGAUAAAUGGUGAAACUUGGGCAAUUGUGUGAGCAGCUGGUAUGCUGCCUGAACUGUGUUUUUAAGAGUGUUAUUUUGAGUUGAUAGACCUG